AUGUCAAGAGCAGGUCUCCAAAACAUGCUUCAGGGGAUGACAUUUAACGACAUGAAGACUGGUCAAACAAAGUCAGUUUCAAUGCCAAGAGGACCAGCUCCAUCGUUUUCUGGAAGUCCUCAAAAAUCUAAAGCGCAGCUCUGGCAAGAGCUCAAAGAUGUUCAAGAUCAGCUAGAUCGUGCGACGAAGACAAUCAAUGAUGCAGAAAUAGCUGAAGACGAGAUCAUGGCAAACAAUAGAAAACUGAAAGGGUCUCAUGAAGCGACAGCGGAGCUUGAAGAAUUGAUCCAGGAGCAUGCUCAACUGGAGCAAGAUUUGGCGACUAUAACGAAGGAGAAGGAAUUCAUUCAAGGCGAAUCCGCGAAGCUCCAAAAGGGAAUCGAAGAAAUUCAAGGGAGCGUAAAUGCUACUAAAGAUGAAGUCAGAGCUCUUUCUUCCCAACACAUGGCGAAAGAACGCACCUUUAGCCUUGCUCAAGAUCGACAAAAUAAAGAAAUCGGGGAAGUCAAUCGCGAUAAUCAACGACUUCAAGAACAGCUGGACAAACUUGACCAUGAGUUGAGCGUGGUAAAUGCAGCAAUCAAAGAUGUUGAAGACGAUUCUGAAGUGAUCAAAAAUUUAAACGAGGAAUUCACAACGCCUUCGAACAAAGGGAUUUUCGACAAGAACCAAGAGAAACUUACGUCCAGAAUCUUGGAACUCAACGCAACUGUCAGUCGGCUUCAGUCCGAGGCCAAAAAAGCAAAGCCAAAGAUUCCCAAAUCAGAAAUCGAAAAGGCGCAAAGAGAGCUGGAGAAAACUGCACAGCGGCUCGAGCUAGAACAGCAGAGCAGACAAGCAAGCCUUCGAGAGAAGCAAGAUCUUCUAGUGGAACGAGAACGGGAAAAACCAAGAUUGGAAAAGAUCAUGAGAGACAAUGCUAAGUGGGAGCUUCGACAGUCAGAGAUGUUCUUCGACGACCUAAAGAAAGAAAAGAAAGAAUAUCUCUACAAGCUCGAGCAACUGAACAAGAAAGUCGAAGGACGAAAGAACGUCAGAAACUUCCCAGAUACGUAUUCUAUCGUCACUGCUGAUGAUUCCAUCACUGCUUUCAACUAA